AUGAUGCCUGAGCGGCAGUUCCAUGCCAAUGGCCGCGCCGCCGUGGCCAGCCGCGAGCGACCAAUGCCCGGCACGCCCUCUCGCAAAGAGAAGCACCGCGAGAGCUCUGCCCUGCAGGAUCCGGGGCUCAAGGACUACGUUCAGGGAGAGUUGUGCCAAAAUGCUAACCGCUUAGGUGAAUGCCUCGGGAAGGGCGCUUUUGGAUCCGUAUACAAGGCUUUCAACUGGGGCAACGGCGAGGCGGUUGCUGUCAAGCAGAUCAAGCUCGCGGAUCUGCCCAAGAGUGAACUGCGCAUGAUGGAGGUGGGUUUGUUCCUGGAUAAGUACUGCGAAAAUGGUUCCCUGCACUCGAUCUGCAAGGCUUAUGGCAAAUUCCCCGAGAAUCUCGUUGGUGUCUACAUGACCCAAGUCCUACAGGGACUUCAGUAUCUCCACGACCAGGGUGUUAUCCACAGAGACAUCAAGGGCGCCAACAUUCUCACCACCAAAGAUGGAACAGUAAAACUCGCAGAUUUUGGAGUUUCCACCAGUACUCUCGCUGGUGGGCAAGACAAGGAGGCGCAAGUUGUCGGCACCCCCUACUGGAUGGCCCCUGAGAUCAUUCAGCUGUCUGGAGCGAGCUCUGCCUCUGAUAUCUGGAGUGUCGGUUGCACCGUCAUCGAGCUUCUCCAAGGCAAACCCCCAUAUCACAACCUCGCCGCCAUGCCCGCGCUAUUUGCCAUCGUGAACGACGACCAUCCCCCUCUACCUGAAGGAAUCUCGGCGGCCGCCCGAGACUUUCUGAUGCAGUGUUUUCAGAAAGACCCAAAUCUUCGUGUAACAGCCCGCAAAUUGCUCCGCCAUGCUUGGAUCACAGGCUGUCGUCGAACCGAAGCACCCGUAUCAAAAGCACCAGCCAAUUUCAGCGACGCCGUUGAGGAGGUCAAGCAGUGGAACAAGGCGCUCAAGUCAUCCGAGUCAUCGCUCCGAGCCUCGACUGGCUCCGAAUCAGGCCCCUCGACACGGUUUCUCGGUGGAACGCCCGCCAAGGGUUCUUUGACUCUCGCAAAGCCCCGACCUGGCGCUGAAGCUUUCAAUGACGACAAUUGGGAUGACGACUUUGCAACAGCCAUCUCACCGAGUGCGCUGCAGCUACCCCAUCUCAAGCCUCAGGAUAAUUUUGGCGGCCUUUUGUCCAGCGACCGCCUCAAGGCGUUUGCGUCGGUGAAUGAUGGAAGAAACGAUAGCAGCGCCUACGACGACGACUUUGAGGGAGAACUCAUGACGAUAAAGGGUCCACACCAUUGGCAGGACAAUGAUCCUCAGGAACAGACGAUCCGACCUCUACCGAAGAAGACUACCAAGACACCAGAGCCCAAAUCGCACAGCCGGAACAAGUCGAGCUCGAGCAGGGCCGUAGGCUCAGGCCGGACCAGAUCGCCUACGAAAUCACACUUUAACAAGUUUGAGCUCCCAUCGAGACCAGACGUUGUGUAUCGCGAGCACAGCAUCGAGGACUUUUCGGAUCUAUUUGUGGAUAAUGAUAGUGUAUUCACCCACAAGGUGAAUCAGGCUGUAAGAAGAGGCUCACGGCAGAGCGAUGCACCACAACUAUUCCAUCCAUCAGACCUCACGACCCUACCGAGAUCAAUGCAGGAUCCUGUUGGGAGCAGCAUCAAGAAGAAGCCCAGCUCCCGACCAUCCGUGCUUCCCGACCGACCAAUGCGACGUACUCGGUCGUCGAUAGAGAUUCAGAAAUUCGCAGAGGACGACGACGAAGAUUUUAGCGACAUUUUCGGCCCUGAAGGCUCGAUAGUCGAAAAGGAGGAGAGCGAGAGAGGCUCCGAGGAUGGUGGAUUGAUGCUCAUGUCCCGCGUGUCGAGCAACUCCUGGUUAGGGGACGACGAGGAUGAGGACGAUCCGUUUGCGUCGAUGGACCCAGGAUGGGACGAGAUGGACUUGGAGGCAAAUAUUGCCAGGGAUCGACAUGCCAGGUUAGCAGAGAAGGUUGAGGGAUUGGUGAGGUCGUUGAAGACGACAGAGGGCGAGGAUGCCCUAGCUGAGUUCUCCGAGGACCUUCUUGCCUUGCUUUGGGAGAACAGUGAGGUGAAGAACUUGAUUAUCAGCGCCCACGGAUUGCUUCCUAUUCUUGAGAUCCUAGAGCCAUGUACGGUCAAGAGCAGACAGUACAUGAUAUUACAGCUGCUCAAGGUUGUCAAUGCAAUUAUCCUGGAUGACGUGGAAAUUCAAGAAAACCUCUGCUUCGUCGGUGGAAUUCCCAUCAUUACAAAGUUUGCUGCACGGCAAUACUCUGACGAGAUCCGUCUCGAGGCAGCUGCCUUUGUUCGUCAGAUGUAUCAGACGUCUACGCUAACACUACAAAUGUUUGUGUCGGCAGGUGGUCUCAACGUCCUAGUUGAGUUCCUCGAUGAAGACUACGACGUUACGAGAGACCUGGUCCUUAUUGGAGUCAACGGAAUCUGGAACGUUUUUGAGCUCCAAGGCCCAACGCCCAAGAACGACUUUUGCAGAAUUUUUUCACGAAGCAAGAUUCUUUAUCCUUUGGCACUGGUUCUACACAGGGUCCUCGACGAGGAGGGCGAAGAUGAGCUGGGCGAGCUCAUCGAGGGACGAAUUGUCAACAUUUUCUAUCUCUUCAGCCAGGCGGAGAACUACGUCAAGGAGGUAGUGGCAGAUCGGCAGGUGCUGAAGAGCGUGCUGAAGGAUUUACGCCGCAUGACGCCCAUCCACCAAAUCACGAUGCUCAAGUUCAUCAAGAACCUGUCGAUGCUUUCGACCACUAUCGAAUCACUGCACUCAGCUGAUGCUAUCGAGUUCCUGAUUGAUCUUCUCAGCUACAGCAUGAAGAAGGGCCAGACCCACUUCCGCGAGAUCUCUAACCAGGUCCUUAACACCUUGUUCAACCUCUGUCGUCUGAGCAAGGAACGCCAGGAGGACGCUGCGGUUGGUGGUAUUAUCCCACUGCUUCUACGUAUCAUGCAGACCGACCGCCCACCGAAGGAGUUUGCUCUUCCGAUCCUAUGCGACAUGGCGCAUUCAGGAUCAAAGGGACGGAGAUAUCUAUGGCAGAACAAGGGUCUCGAUUUUUACGUGUCACUACUUACGGAUCAGUACUGGCAGGUUACGGCACUUGAUGCCAUCUUGAUUUGGCUGCAGGAGGAAACGGCCAACGUGGAGAGCCACCUGGUCGAGGGCAGCUUCAUGCGCGCCAUUGUCAGCUGCUUUGGCACAAACAGACUCAAUGCUUUCGAUUCGAACCUUCUGGAGCCGUUGCUCAAGCUACUGCGCCUGAGCCCGUCAGUUGCGGCGUCGCUGGCGAAGCCCGAGAUGUUUGCGGGUAUUGCGCAGCGCCUUGGACACAAGAAGGCUGUUGUGCGGCUGAACCUCCUCAGGCUGGUGAGGACUAUUGUGGACGCUUGUGAGCCAGGCUUGGGCAGCGGCGAUGGAACACGGUCACUCAACAGCUCCCAAGUUCGGUCUCUCAUGGCUGCAAUCCAGACUCUAUCGGAGAAGGAUUCAGCUGUCCUAGUGCGGAACCUAGCUUCGGAGCUUGUCAAGUCGAAUAUCGAGGGCAGUGGAAGAACCAACGACAGCGCGCCGAGUUCUGUACCAAGUUCGACCUCAUCACGUCGGGGAUCGCGACGUAAUACGAGCUACACACCCCCUGGACUGCACUCGUCCAUGUCGGUUCCGCAAACGCCAACUCAUAGAAGCCGCGCCAGCCUCGCGGGCAAUGCCUACAUAGAAGUAGCAGCGAGCCCAAGACGCUCAGCGGCGGUGGAACGGGAGGGUAUGCUAUAUCGGCCGCGGAGCAGAGACGGUCCUACGGGGAUUCCCCGACGCAUCAGCGGCGAAUUUGGCGCCGCGGGCAAGAGCCGGCUCCCGCGGACGUCUCUAGCCGGGGGCAGCGGCUCACGAUCAGCGGUGGGAGUCAGCGGAAAUGGCAACAGCUCUGUCAUUGGGUCACGAGGCGAUAUUCCAAUGGUCGUCCGCAGCGAGAGCAGCAUGAGCAACAAGGAGAACGUAGGUCGCGCACCAGGCAGCCGCGAUGGCCUAGGCAGCCGAGAUGGAGGCAUGCCGCCGCCAGCCGGUCUUUCAGGGGGGUCGGGUACCGUGGGUAAGAGACGGAGCCGAGUGCCAGGUGAGAUCAAGUGGCCUUGA